UUGUCCGGGCAUGGAGGGACUGGGGAGGAGGGGGAUGGGGGAUGACCUACUGGACAGGACCAAACACCUUGGCAGCCAGUCAGUCAGACAGGCAGACAGGAGCAGAGGGACUGGGAGGAUGUCCAGCUUGUUGAUGGACAGUUAAACGGGUGAAUGAACCCCUCUCUGCCUGUUGCUUCCUCUACGAUGGAUCCACAGAGCUGCUGCUGGUGUGAAGGCGUGAAGGAGAGUCUCUGAACCUUGAGACCUGAAGGGAAGACCAGAAGAGCAGGAUAUACUCUGAGAUUAAAGAGCAAAUCAAGAGCAUCAGACUGAGUUGAUGUCAGCACCGACAUCUAUCUGACUAACACACACACACACAGACAGACAGAGUCCUGCACAAUGCCAGCAGGAAGGCACAGGUUCUCGGACAUGGAGAUGUUAGUCGGGAUGGAGGACGAACGAGUGGCCAGGAGCAGAGCUGGGAGCUGUGUGGAGCUUUACACUGUCAAAAAGAUGAAGACGUUGGCCCAGAGACGACAGUCAGCUCCCUCGCUGGUCAUCAGCAAAGCACUCACCAGAUCCAGAAGCGUGUCCAGGGAAAGCUGCAUGACGCCGGUCAGCCCAGAGUCCUGUCCCCUGGUCCAGGCCUUCCUGGCCGAGUGUCCACGCCGCCUGUUCCUGGGUCACGUCCAAACGCAGCUGAAGACGGGCCUGCAGACGCAGGAGAGACACCUCUUCCUCUUCACCGACACGCUGCUCGUCGCCAAGGCCAAGUCUCCCACUCACUUCAAGGUGAAGUCCCAGGUGCGAGUGUGUGAGAUGUGGACGGCCAGCUGCAUGGACGAGGUGUGUGAGGGCAGCACCAACCUGGAGAGGAGCUUCGUCAUGGGCUGGCCCACCUGCAACUGUGUGGCCUCCUUCAGCUCCGAGGAGCACAAGGACAAGUGGUUGGCACUCAUCAAGAGUCGGAUCAUUGAUGGAAAAGGAAAGGACGACCCCAAGACCAUCCCUCUGAAGAUCUUCGCUAAGGAUAUUGGAAAUUGUGCAUAUGCCAAGACACUUGCGGUCAGCAACACUGACAGCACCACUGAUGUCAUCCGCAUGGCUCUGCUGCAGUUUGGUAUAUUGGGCUGCGUUAAAGACCACCGGCUGUGGGUGAGCUCCAGUAAGGACGACCCUCCAUACCCUCUCAUCGGCCACGAGUUCCCCUUCAGCAUCAAGAUGAGCCACAUUCGGGACGGUGGGAGCACUGGUGGAGGACGGGGAGGAGGGUCGAGUCCCACAGACUGUCCAGGGGUGCUGCUGCUGGACCAGAAUCUGCCCCCAGACACCCAGUGCCAGUUCAUCCUCAAACCCAACAAGGUCACCCCGGGACAGGCUCCACUUAUAGAGCCCGGUCAGCAGAAGCCUUUUAAGAGGAAGAGGUCUCUGAUCAACUGGCCCUUCUGGAGAGGCUCCAACACGCAGCUGGACGGCCUGGCCCUGUCCCCGACCUCGCUGUCCCCGACUCAGGGACGGCUAUUCGGACGUCCCCUGUGCUCCGUCUGCUCCCCGGACCACGGCCUGCCCAAGCCCGUCAUGGACAUGCUGGUGUUCCUGUACCUGGAGGGGCCGUACACCCGGGGCGUCUUCAGGAGGUCAGCUGGGGCCAAAGCCUGCCGGGAGCUUCGGGACAGACUGGACAGUGGAAGCGAGGACGCGGAGAUCACACACCAGUCUGUGUUCGUCAUCGCUGCUGUCCUCAAGGACUUCCUGCGAAACAUCCCGGGCAGCCUGCUGAGUGUGGAUCUGUACGAGCAGUGGAUGGAUGUGAUGGAAGGAGACGGAGGGGAGGAGAGGACGCAAGCUGUCCAGAGGUUGAUCCACCUCCUGCCCAGCGAGAACCUGCUUCUGCUGCGACACGUUGUCGCCGUGCUGCACUGUAUCCAGGGCAACGCCAACGACAACCAGAUGAACGCCUUCAACCUGUCCGUCUGCAUCGCUCCCAGCAUGCUUUGGGCUCCGGCGCCAAGCACCCCCGAGAUGGAGGGCGAGGGCACUAAGAAGGUGUGUGAGCUGGUUCGCCUCCUCAUAGAGAAGUGCAGCAGCGUCCUGGGAGAAGACGUCACCUCGCUGUUCAGGAGCUUCAGCCAGAAGAGCAGCAGCAGUGACCACGGAUCAGAUGUGUCGUCCUUCCAGAUGAACGACUCGUCCUACGACAGUCUGGAGAACGAGCUCAACGACGACCCCGAGUCUCCGUUCCAGGAGCAGCUGCCUCUCCGUGACAAAGACAAGCCGGACAGCCGCAGCCGCGACUCCGUCAUCACCCUCAGCGACUGUGACCCCGAUCCCGACCACGAGACCGACCUCCUGCUGCAGCUCCCCCCGCUGGCCAGACCGCGGAGGUUCUGCCCCGCAGCGCGACAGCCACGCAACGGCCCGUCCACGGGUCCCAGGAGGCUGAGGAGGAGCUCAGAGCCCGCAUUGGCCCUGGCGAGCACGCCGCCGUCAGGCACGGCGAUUGUUCACGCCGACCGCCUGCCUGCGAGGAAGGCGAGCUAUGACGCCGCUAUGGAGGGGGAGCGGGUGGAGGAUGAUGUGUUCCUGGAGCAGCGGCUGAGCGGGCUGCAGCUGAAGGAAGAGGAAGAGGAUGGAGGCGAGAAAGGAGUAGCCAAAAUCCAGAAUGGCGGGCGGAGGAAGAUGAAGCACGCCCCUCCGCCUCCGUUGCGGCUGGACGCAAGCUGUUCCAGUCUGUCGUCACCGGCGACCUCGCCCACAGGCUCCUCCCUCAGCUCUUUAGACUCCGCCUUCUCACAGUACUCUACUGACUACGCCACCAACGGGGCCAUUCCAUUGGCCGAGCCCGCUCCUCUCUCCCCUCUCUUUCCUGGACGGCCCCAGCCGUCACCCCGGGACUCGCCCCCUCAGAGGGACGCCCCGCCUCAUUGGCCCCCCCAGGCCCCUCGGACCAGCCAGACCCCCCCACACCCUCAUGGCCUCCACCCCAACACGUGGCUCAAGAAGGACCGCCGGCUGUCACUAAAGCAGUCUGAUAACGGACACUCAGAGGAGGACUUGCCCGCGGUGAACGGGAUAAGCCCCCCAACCAGUAACGGCCACUCCGGCGUUGCCCAGGACGCCGCGGUGACCAACCCAAACAGCCAACGCAGAUCCAGCAGCCCUCCGUCCUACCAGCAGGCGUUACAGCAGCUGCAGCGCAGCCGCUCUCCUUUCUACAGGGGCACGGAGAAACCUCUGACGGUCCGAGAGCUGAGGCAGCUCCACAACCAGACCGGCGCCCCAAGACCCCCGGCCCCCGCCUCCCCUAACAGCCCCCAACCACACGCAGGAAGUGACCCGGCAAAAGAGUGUGUGCAGCCGCCACAGGGUGUUUUCUACGGACAGAACGGCACCACUCUGGUCCUCAGGAGACAGAAGUCCCACUCUCUCACUCCGGCCAUGGAGGGACACAAAGGGAGGCGGACCCUCCCACUUCCCCGCCGAGCGUCCGAACCCGCCAAGAUCACUGCGAGCGCUUACCCGUCCUCCAGCCUCACCCUGGACAGACCUCGCACCUCUAAAGGUCAGCCCCAAGACGGCGGCCUGAGAGUGUCAGAGGUGGAGCCCAACCACCACGCUGAGCCACGCUUCUGCCUGUCUCCCUCCGCCACCCGGGCCGUACGGGACUACUUCUCCUCCCAGGGUCAGGAGGAUGCAGACGCCUGCCUGCGGAGGAGUCAGGAGGUGGCGCUGGCGAUCGUGCAGGGGAAGAGGGAGUGGCAGAGCCGGCGGUGCAGCGACCCACGAGUGGACGACUUUGACCAGCUGUUUUUUGCUGAAGAGUCCUACGUGUAAAUAAGAAGCGUGUACAGACUUUAUCUGAUAUGUUCACUUGUAUAUAACUCAUUGAUGUGAUCAUAUUCCCUCAUGUACACGUUUCCCCUCUGGCAGCAGACGUCAUACCAAUACUAUGAGGUGUUUAGUGUCAUGGUACAUCCAAGGUUUUAGAUCUUAAAAGGUACAGAUGAACUUCCUGCUUCCACGUUUCACCUCUGUGUGGUAGUAAACUGGUAUUAUGAUUCCUCGUCCACCAUAACACUGUGACGUCUGGCAAACAUUUACGCCUUGUCCACACGUACACGGGGAUUUUUUAGCUUUUUUCUAUCCAUGCUCGUCAUCACGCAAACGCCGUUUUAGUUCACCGAAAACGGAGCAUUUAAAAAAACUCCGGCCAGGGUGAAGAUUUGAGCUUGUGACAUCAGAGUGUGCCGUUAUCUCCUUUGUGAGGCGUCACUAAUGAGGUGACAUGUCGUGCAACGGCAGACGUGACCAAGGUACCUGCUAACAGGACUUUUAAUAUGUUGACACAUAAAUGCAACACUCCGAAAAACGCCGUUUACAAAAAUACCUGUGUACGUCUGGACGAGGCCUUAGAUUGAAAGGAUUGAAGUUGUUUGUCAUAAUCCACAAUAGUUUAAGUUUAAAAGUCACGUUUCUUUGUAGCCUUGCAGCUGGGAUCCUCCGAUAAUGAUUUAUUGAGUAAUGAUGCCUGAUACAGAGAAGAUGUGAAGAGUUUAUUUGGACAUCUGGAUCCCCAAACAAUCAUUAAAGAGUUACAGCUCUUGUGCCAAAAUCUGGUUCCUCUGACAAAUAUCUUUCUCUGACGAAAUGAAGGAAGGACGAGUUCUUCAGAAAUGAAAGAGAAAGCUUCUCAUUCUCUGGAAGCUUUCAAAAGGAAAAUAUAUAUUUUUAUUUCCAAAGCAUAAAGACUGUUGGGAAAUCAAGGCCAUGACACAUUUUUGUAGUCUGUUUUUAACGGCAAAAUAUUUUAAAUUUGAUUAAAAAUUGGACCAAAUAUGGAUGAAAUAUCAGACUUUACUACAUCACAGUGUUCUCUUCAUAGUUUAGUGGGUUUAUUAAUGCUGCUCUCUGCAGCAGUAACGACAACAACAUGGUCCCGAUGGCUGCUGUGACUUCAUGUGAAUACUAUGAACAUGCUUUGAGCUCCACAACACCUGAUGAUGUUUACUGGAGCGCCAGAGGAGGAAGGUUUUAGGACAGAUUCCCUGUCCGCUGUACAUAUUUAACAAUUAUCUUAAUGGUGUUUGUACCUUUUAUGACGUCUGUUAAGUGAUUUUUUCCCCCCCAGAGAGUGAAGUGUUUGUCUGUCUGAAUGAGUGAAUCAAUAGGAGCCGCUAUUUAUUCAUAUGAGCCGAGUUUCCAGACACACAGCACACAGUGUUGUCCUCUGAAGCUCUGGUUUAUAUCUCUGUGACCUGGGGAGGGAGGGAGGGAGGGAGGAAGAAGAGAAACCAUCGAUGUGUGUGUGUGUGUGUGUGAAAGAAAGUCCGAUCGUGUCCUGAGCAGGAAUGUGAGAAAACGUGUGCCAUUGAGGGAGAAAUCUCCUUUAUUCAUGCUUGUAUAGCACUUCAUUAUUCUCAACAAGAAACCCUUUCAGUCUCACUAGAGUGACAAGGACACAGCCUGUUCUAUAUGUGUGUGUUUAUGUGUUGAAUGCACCUCUAACUGUUGUAUGUUUUGUCCAUAAUUAUAUGAUAUUUUUGUUCCAGCGCUGCCGUCAUUGCAGUGCUGAUUUCUCAGCUGACACUUAACAAUAACUGACCUUAUUUCACUGAUCAAGGUGUGUUAAUACUGGGGCUGUCAAAGUAAACAUGAUAAUAACGCUAAUUCCUUUUAGCGCCACUAAUUUCUUUAACUCAUUAGGUUGUAACGAAGAUACCGGUAUCAUAUGAAACUAGAAAACUUGAUGAAUCC